AUGAAUGACAACCUCCGUGGUCAUCCUGUUACUAAAUUUACAGGACCUAUUAUGGACACGGUGACAGUGUUUGGUGCUGAUGCGGAGGAAGGACACAGUGUUGCGGUUGCUCUGCUUCAGGAUGGCACUUUCAAGGUGCGUGCGGUGGUUCAGGAACUUGGCAGCCCUUUGGCACAGCGUCUGCAGGUGUCCGGGGCCGAGACAGUGAGUGUGGAAUUCAACAACUCAACAAGCAUUCAGGAAGCUUUAAAAGGAGCAGUCAAGUGCUUCGCUGUGACAAGUACUGAUUUCACAGCUGCAGAUCCCUUACAGUGCGAGAUUCAACAAGGUUAUAAAAUGGCUGAUGCUUGUAAACAGCACAACAUAAAUCACUUGGUGUUCCGGGGCAGUCACCAUGUGCACAGGAGGUAUGGUCUGCCAGCAAGACACAUGGAUGCCAAGGCAUGCAUUAACGACUACAUGAACGAAAUUGGACUGCCCAAGACUGAGCUCAUUGCUCCCUUCUAUUACGAGCACUUGCUGACUUCCUUCAAACCAGCACAGACUGGGAUUGACUGUUACAAGAUAGCUAUUCCUAUGGGAGAAACAGCCAUGGACAGCAUAAGCAUCAAGCAAGUUGGUCCCAUUGUGACAGCCAUACUUAAACAUUCCCACAACUGGAUCAGAAAGAGUUGCCUUCUGUCAGCUGACAAGAUGAGGAUCGAUGAGUAUGCAGCAAUCCUAACAAAGCACCUGCACCCCAAACAGUUUAAGGAUUCAAGGAUUUCUGUAAAAACAUUCGUGGCGGAUUAUAAAGGCCCCGGUGGCCAGGACUUUGGCAACAUGUUUGAAUUCUGGAAAAAAGGUGCCCAGAAAAUGAACGGUGCAAUAACUUCCUCUCUGUGUCCCGAGAUACAGAGCUUCUCCGAGUGGGUCUCGGAAAACAGGGAGUUUAUCAUUAGCACACUUGAAAAAGAGUCUGGAGCUUCAUAG